CCAAUCCCAAAGCUCGCCGGGACUUGAUUUCUGCUUGCACACAAUGGGUACACCAGUCGAUGAUGGCUACCACCGCUUCGUCAAGGCCAUAACACCACCUAUCGUCGUUAACCUUCAUGGCGCCCGCUCUCUCAUAUGGCCGUCGCCGACUCCCAAACCGACGUACACGCUUCUCUUUGUCCCCGGCAAUCCUGGUCUGGCCGAGUACUAUCGAACGUACCUCGGGGAGGUCCACCGACUUGUCAAUGAAGCCGAGAGCCAAAACGGCCUCGAGAUUGUCUGUGUUUCGCAACUUGGGCACGAUGCGGCGUCCGACGGGUUCAACCUUGAACAUGAGGAGGUGGUUAACGUCGACGCACAGAUCAAACACAAGGCGAGCGUCCUCGACAGUCUGGCAGCCCGCUGGUCUGAUACUCGUGGACCGCCACCCAGGAUCAUCCUUGGCGGUCACAGCAUUGGAGCGUACAUGGCGCUCGAGGUGGUCAGACGCAAACUUAACACCGUACCGGUCGAUGCUGUACACCUCUUGUUUCCGACUGUGCACCAUAUCGGGCAGACUCCGAACGCAAACAAGCUCGCUUGGCUGUUCCGCGCUGCCGCAGGUGGCGCCAUUCACCAGAAAGAUGGUGCUUCUUCACCCGACAAAGCCGCGGUAUCAUUCAGCCCUACACUGUUCAUGCUUCUCCGCGCUGCCAUCGCAUGUCUCCAGCUCAUCCCCUUCUUCAUCAUCAAAUCCCUCAUCCUCCUCGCCUCCCCAACCCAGAACCCCCACGCAGUCCGCGCCACCGCCUCCCUCGUCCUCUCGCCUCAUGCCGCGCGCCAGGCGAUCGGCAUGGCGCUCGACGAGAUGCGCAGCGUCACCGCCGUCGCGCCGUACCCGGACCCCAAGGAGGGCGGGGGCGUCAAGAUCCGCGCGUACUGGUCCAAGGGUGAUUUGGACGGGUGGGCGCCGGAGGCGGCGCGGGUGGCUGCUGAGGAGGCGCUGCGGCUUUCUGCGUUUAGGCUUGACGAUGCGCAAGCUGGUGGGUCUGUUCUGGUUCUGGAGGACGUGCCUGACCGGGCGUCGAUGGUGUGCGAGGUAGGGAUGCCGCAUGCGUUUUGUCUAGAGCAUAGCGAGGCCAUGGCCAAGAUUGCUGCUGCUUGGAUUAUACAUGACUAUCCAUGAAGCAUACCCCAGACAUUCCCUCGAAUUCUUUUUCUAGAUGUGAACUCAUCAUUGGUAGACGUAGAAUCUUAUUCUU